UGCUUUUAUCCAUAGUCCGAGGAAUUGCUGGCAAUAUAAGUUUCUAGUGUUUAUUUAAAAACAACUGAAUAGGAGAUAAAUUAAUUUUUUGAAAUGAUUUCUAUACGUAAUCGUAUUCAUAUCAGAUUAUUUGUAGUCUUUGCAUUAGUUUGUUUGUUUAUAGUGCUAUUGUGGUAUUCACCUGUGCCAGUUUUAACUAGUCAGCUUCACGGAGGGGCCCUGAUGAAAGUGGUUGUAACUGUGUACUAUGAGGCGUUGUGUCCAGACUCAAAGUAUUUUCUUACUAAGCAACUGCUGCCAACAUUUAAGAUCGCUAAAUCGAUUAUGGAGGUUAAGCUUGCACCGUAUGGCAAGGCGAAAACGAAAGAGCACAACGGUAAAAUUACUUUUGACUGCCAGCACGGUCCUAUCGAAUGCCAAGCUAACAUUUACCACGCUUGUGCUGCUGAGAUAAUUGAAGACCCCCUACUGCGAUUGGAAGUUGCAGCCUGCAUGAUUAUGGACAAUCACUUACCCCAAGAAGCCAUGAAAAAAGCUUUACAGGCCCUACACAUCGACAACACCGAAAAGAUAGACAAGCUUCGCAUUACAGCACAUUGUGUCGGCGCCGUAACUAUUAUCUGCAUUGGCCUUAUAAUCAUCUGUAUGUUGUACUUUUACAAGAAGAAACAACAAAAAAUAAUCUUACAAAUGGCACCUCCAAACCCAAUAAACAACCUGCAAAGACGUCGAACGAAAUCCUCACUCAAUAUUAACGACAUACCAUUCUUCUAAAAAGCUCUCGAGGACUAGCGCAAAUUAAAGGAGGAGGAGUUAAGAAUAAAUUAUAUAUAAAACAAAACUAACUAACAAAAACCAUACAACAACAAAUCUGCCAAGCGAGCGUCUCUUUGAUUUCCGCCACGCUCGCCCAAAAUUCGCUCGCUACCAACGCAAUGCUCGCUACCAAUAUUCUCAGCACUUUGGAUUCCAGGAAAAUAUUGCAACCAAUGAAAAACCCUCUACUGCACCAAAAGCCGGGCCGUACCACAGAAGGCAUCGCCGCUGCCGCUUA